CCACCCUUAGAGGAGAGCUGAGCUCCCCUCCUUUCUCUACUUCCUGAUUUUGGGGGAUAAGUAGGACGCUGACUGAGGGGGAAGAGAGAGCAGAAGAAGCUGACCAUGGAGCUGUUUUGGCUGUUCCUGACUCUUCCUUUUCUGGAGACCUCAGUUUCUAUGCCACAAGGACUGCAGAGGCUUCUUCCACCAACGCAUCUCUCCUGGAGGGCAAGGGCUCAAAUCAUUGGGGGUGAGGAAGCCCCAAAGAAGGAAUGGCCAUGGCAGGUGAGCCUGAGGGAGCAGGAAGAUUAUGAGGAAGAAGUAUUUUGGAAGCAUUUCUGCAGUGGUUCGCUUAUUCACCCCGAGUGGGUAUUGACUGCAGCAUCCUGCUUUUCCAAUGUGGAACCUUCCAGCUAUAGGGUCCAACUAAGGGAGCAACAUCUGUAUUAUGAAGACAAUUUGAUGUCCUUAUCCAAGAUUGUGGUCCAUUCCAACUUCACUUUUGAAAAUGAAGGUUCUGACAUUGCCCUGCUAAAGCUCACGGAGUCUGUCCAGUUUUCCAAUCAAGUCCAGCCCAUCAAGCUUCCUGCUGCCUCGCAGAACUUCUCCAACACAGAGUGCUGGGUGACUGGCUGGGAAAUUCUGUCCCCACCAUUCUCCCUGAAGCAAGUGCAAGUCCCCAUUUUUGAUAAUCAUGACUGUGACCGGCUUUACCACAAGGUUUCUACCACUGCUGAGUCCACAAGGAUAAUUCCUGAGGAUAUGAUAUGUGCUGGUAAAAAAGGACAUGACAUCUGUGAGGGGGAUAUUGGAUCACCUCUUGUGUGUAAGGUUGAAGACUCUUGGCUUCAGGCUGGUGUAGCAAGCUGGGUAGAAAAUUGUGGCGAAAGUUCCAACCGCCCUGGAGUCUACACAAAUAUCUUAAAAUAUUUGGAUUGGAUCCAGAAGAACAUUCAGUGAACUUUGGGUUCAAUUUCUCCUCACUCCCUUCCUAAUCCUGGACUCUGAAUCUACUGUAAAGCCAAACAAAACCUUUUCCAUAUUUCCCUAUUUUUCCUGACCCAUGCUACAUCCUAAAACCUUGGCUUGCAGUUAGAAACCUGAGUUCUAGUUCUUUGCCCUCAUGUUGGUUCCAUGUAUGACCUCAAGAAAAUCCCUUCUUUGGUGUGAUCCCCAUUUUCCUCCUCUAUAAACCAAAUUGUGGGAGGUUUUGGCUCUGACAUUAUAUGAUUUAGUGAGCCUAUUCAACUUGGACAUUGGGGAAUUUUAUUUUUGCAGGGGAGUGAUUUGGAGGACAAGAAAGAAGAAGGGGAAGUUGGUUGGUCUACAUGGCAUUAUAUAUAUCUCAUUAAACUGUCUGCAAAAUCUUUC